AUGUCCAACGUUUCUGGGCUGAGUCUGGGAAACGACACGGAAACCAUCUUUUUCUUGACUGAAGGAACAUCCACCUUCUCAAUGAUUGUAUCCACUGAUAGGGAAAGGCGUGUGAACAGGAACUUCUUACCCUGGAACAACCCAAAGAAUGUGGUGAGCGCCGAGACGAGAGAUGACGUUCUCUUCGUCAUCGACUGCAUCCUCUGUCCUCUUCUCACCGUCUGGGGGGUAACGGGUAACCUGAUGAGUCUCGCGGUACUCCUUCACCACAACAUGCGCGGCGCCGUCGACGUCUGUCUUGCGUCAUUGGCCGUCUCAGACUCCCUCUUCCUAGUCACCACGAUGAUCCGUCGAGCCAGAAGUAUCAUCGCCAAAUUCGACUACCUGGCUGCCGAAUGGUACAACGCGCGUCUCUUCAACUCGAUGUUUUACCUUAAUCUGGUCUUCAGCCGAGUCAGUACCCUCCUCACCAUCUUGAUCACGCUAAACCGGUUUAUCGCCGUUGUGUUCCCUCUGAAAGCCAAAUCCUGGUGUACACGUCAUCGAAUGCUCUGGGCUGUCGCGGGAAUUUACGUUAGUUGUAUCCUGGUAAUACUUCCUACCUCUUUGUAUUACGAGGUUGCCGAAGUGUACGACUCUAAUCUGAAUGCGACUAAGCCGUACUUGGCUCGCUCGGCUCUCUACAUUGCCAACCACGGCUUUAUGUUAGCUUACUCUCGCUCUUUCCUAACCAUCACAUUCCGCUACAUUCCCGCCGUCGUCAUCCUCGUCCUGAACACUACAAUUGUCGUCACUAUCAAAAGAACAUCCGAGCUGCGCCUGAAGAUGAGCGAAGGCCGGGUUACCCGGAUGUUGCUCGUCAUCUCCUUAAUCUUUCUGGUCUGUCUUAUCCCCGGCUGCGCCAUACUCCUCGGAUCCACCCUCAACGUGCACUUUCAGUUCAUGAACACCUACCACAACCUGUUUAUGAUGCUCAGUGGGAUAGCCCUUCUGUGCGAAGUUGUCAAUUCCUCUGUCAACUUCAUCGUAUACAUGGCCUUAAGCAAAACUUUCUCAGCAACGUAUCGAAAACUCUUCUGCUGCUUCUGCAAGAGCUUUCCAAAGAAGAAUCUCAGCAAGACAUCGGAGGUUUACACAGUCGAUACACAUGCCUCAUCUAGUAUAUCAAGAGUUUCUUAA